AUGCGUCGGAGCGCAGGAACCCCUUCUGCAGGCCACGAUGGUCCUGGAGUCCUCCCUCCCAGGUUGACUCCCUCGCAGAUACGCUGCGUGGGGAUCACCAGGGCCUCGUACGCGCCCUUCCGCGAGUCCUUCUUCUACGACCCGCGCGCUAACACGGCGCUCAAAAAGGGCGGGCGGCCACCGGACCGACAGGUUUACGCGCGUGACUCAAGACGCAUGUGGACGACUCAGGGCCCCAGUAUCGACCCUCGUCUGCCCAAGACGACGGUGCAGCCGGGCACCGCCUUCCGCAACGAGUGCCUCAGUGCCGACCAACUCUACAGCUCCAACCGAAACUCGCUGGGAUAUGACGUCCACCGUAAGAGCUGA